GGAUAUCUAUUCCGGGACCGGGUUCACCCCGGCCAGUUUCAGCUGCAGCCAUGAAGAGCCACCCCAUCGCCCUCCUGCUCCUGGGCUUCCUCGCUCUCCGAGCGGAGCCGGGCUCAGCCAGCAUGAAGAAAAGGAUUGCCGGUGGGAAUCAACACCAGGAGAGAGAAAGAGGGAUGGACGAGACCCCUUUCCAAACUCCGGCACCGCCAACAAGUGGCCCCAACGGGCCCCCGAAUCCUGGCCAGUGCCCAAGCGUGGCUCCAGGUCUUCCCCGACCCACCCACGCCUACUGCAGUGAAGGUCUUGCCUGCCCGGGAGACGAAAAAUGCUGCCUGGUUCGGAAUACUAGGAAAUGCGUCCUCCCCGAUGGAGUGCACCCUGGCUACUGUCCCCGAGGAGGAGGAGGAGCAGGAGGAGCAGGAGGAGCAGGAGGAGAAACAGUCUCCUCGAAGGCCUGCUCUAAGGACACGGACUGUGCCCGGCAUGAGAAGUGUUGCCUGAAGCACAGGCGACAGAAAUGCACCCACGCUGUCCCAGCCCAUCCGGGCCUUUGUCCCAAAACAAGACUUGGGCGGGUCUUUGUUCCGUGCAAAAACCAGUGCAAGGAUGACCGAGAUUGUGCCCCCGGGAAGAAGUGCUGCUUCAGCCUCUGUGGCCUGAGAUGCGUCUCCCGCGAGACUCACCAGGAUGAGGAGCCGGACCAGGGUGAGGAGACCCCUCUGGAGAGGCUUUGGAGAGGAGCUACACUUCACCCUCGUCCAGAUUUCUGCAGGCUCCCCUUGUCUGUCGGCUCCACUUGCAACGCCACCUCCGGCCUCCGUGUCUUCUACAACUCCCAGGCUGGACUCUGUGAGAAGUUCAUCUACAGAGGCUGUGGCGGCAACGAGAACAACUUUGCCACACAGCUAGAGUGUCUCCAGACCUGCUCAAAUCCCAAUAUCUGCCAGCUGCCAAAGGAUAAAGGAUUUGGCGAUGCCUUCCGACCCCGUUUUUAUUACGACAGCGCCUUGAAGACGUGUCAGAGGUUCCUCUAUGCAGGCCACGGGGGCAAUGCAAACAACUUUUGGGAGGAAGGAUUUUGUCUCCAGUUCUGCGCACGAGAUGAGGCAGGACGAUGAUCUGGAGAGGGAGCAUCAAGGCUGAACGAAUGGCCAUCGCCUUCUGGAUCAUUCUUCCCUUGUUUCUGGGUCUCGAGAGUGAUCGUCCCGCCAGCCAUCACACGGCUUUGCUUGACCUCCCCUCCCUGGCUCUCCUGCAGGUCCAUUUCUAGCCCCUCAGCCCCCCUCUUAGCCUCCCCGCCAAACCCCCCUCUUUUGCUGCCUUCCUCUUAACCCCUCCCAGAUCACAGUCCCUGAGAUGCCAACUCUUGCCCCCCUUUCCCCCCCUCGCUCCCUCCCUCCCUCCCUCCCAGAGGCUCCUUUUCUAGGGGAGCCCUUGGCACAAGCCACCACCCACCCAC